GAAUAAUGUCUACGUGAUUCCAGCUGACAUUACCGAUGAAUAUGAUUCGGAUUCAAAACAAUUUCAUUAUCCUUUACUUUUUGAAGAAAUGAGGCCUAGAAAAUUUGAUAUAAAAAAAUAUCAAUAUCCUAUAAUGUGUCUUGCAAACAUUCAAUCUACUGAACAAGAUACUUUUCGAUUAACUUUUAGGAGUAAUAAUGGAAGCAUGCGACGAACAAUGGAUGUUGCUUCAUUAUUUAGUGAAACAAUCAUUACAAACCUUCGAUCCGCCAUUGAUACAAUAACAUUCUGGUGGCCAUACUCCACCUACACACUUGGUGCACAAACAUCCAUUCCAGCCGAAAGAGUUAAACCUCCUAAGCUUGAAGAAAUGGUAGUUCAAGAAAUUGGAAUAGAAAGAAUGAUUGAGGCUCAAUGUCAUGCUCUCCGAAUAUCUAAAUCAAGAAUUUUAUUCUCGUUUGAACACAUUCUUGACAUAGAAGGUGUUGAAUUCAGACGAAGUUUUGGUAAUUUACUCUACGUAUUUACGUUGCAUCCGCCUACGGAAGGAUCAUAUAGUAGUGCUGAAUUAUUUGCUGUGCUAAGUUCACUAAAGCAUCAUCCGUUAUUAUACAAGUUAAUUUUACGGAAUAUAGAUCUUUCCGAACUUCAAGCUCAAACCGGACCAAUCAAUCACGAAGGAUCAAACAUGCUUUCUGUAGUGUUAUAUGAUAUCCUCACAUUAAAUCCAAGAUUAAAAGUAUUAGAUUUGACAUCAUGUGGAAUUACUGGUGAAACAAUGUCAGUUAUUGGGAACGCAUUCUCUACAGGAAAAUCUUUGUUAGAGAGGUUGAUCCUAAAUGAUAAUGACAUAUCAGAGGAAGGUGGAUUAAGAGAACUAUCAUCUGGAUUAGCUGUUCACGGAUCAUUAAUAAAAGAGCUUGAUAUUUCAGACUGUAGAUUAACGAGUGCUGAUACUGAAUCAAUUAUGACUGCCUUUACUGCAAGUUAUCCAGAAAGAUUAGAAUCGUUUAAUCUUUCCAACAAUACGGGGAACUUUAAAACAGAGAUACUAACAAACUUUUUGUUAAGAGCAAUUAAUCUAAAAGUAUUAAAUUUACGUAAUUGUGACAUACUAUUUAGCUAUGCUAAUAUAGUAAUUUCGUCAGAAACAUUAAGAAAUACACAACUUACAACGUUAAAUAUUGGAGGGAUUUCUUUAAAUAAUCACGAUCAUUUAAACGCACUUUACACUUAUAUUCAGUCUCCAUCAUUCUCAAAACUAAAACAUCUUAGUAUUGAUCAUUGUAAUUUGGACGGUGGUGCACUAGCAAAGAUAUUUUCUUUAAUAACAGCAUCUACAAAUUAUGAAAACAUUAAAGUUUUUGCAGGUGGAAAUUAUGUAUCAAGAACCUCUCCUGGGCAUAAAGAAUUUUGUAAUGCCAUUUCGAAUGAUUGGACACCUGUUUGGCUUUCUCUCGAAGAUACAGACUACGGAACAACUAUUGACCAAGUUGUUGAGGUAUUGACAUCAUUUUGUAAUAACAAAGUGAUUAGAUAUUUAGACUUAUCAUGCCCACAAAUUAAAGUCAAUAAGAAUGUUGCUUUUAGUCUACAAGAUUUCAUGACAGCAGAAAAAGCUU